AUGAGCACCAACUCAAUCCCAAAGGCCGGCCGCCACUCCAUCGCUGGAUGUGAUCCAAGCAGCACGCGUUCCGUUGGCCAGCAGCACGCGCCCUGGUUGAACGAGACUUCGCUUCAUGGUACCGAUCUCGCCAACCUCUCGCCUAUCGUCAAGCACGGCUCCCUUCGUCGACAGCACGGUCACGUCCGACUCGCCGCGCUGCAGCGGCUGGCACGGAGCGGUGCUAUCCGGAUCCCACCUCCCGACGCGCCGCCUCCCAAGCGACAGUCCCUCCUUCCCCGCGAGAUGCUGGACAGGUCGCUACCGCCGGUUCCGCCCUCUCCGGCGGCUCCGAAAGUUUCUCCUCCACGCUCCAUCAAGCGCAAAGCCGUUCCGGAGGUGAAGCGGAGUCUCCCACCUACCCCCACUCCGCCAAAGCCCGCCGCCGAACCCGUCCGUCCCCACGAGCCAAUCCCGAGUCCGUUGGCUACGACCACGAUCAAAAGUCCGAUCCGGUGGCCUGGUCUAUCGCCUAGGCGGAAUAUAGCCAUCCAGAGCCCAGCGAAGCCGGCAAUGAGCGAGGAGGUGAUGAGCGAGUCUGGCAGGCCGAGGGUGAUCGUCGGACCAAGGGUGAAGGAGGCUGUCGAGCGGAUUGAGAAUACUACGUUCGCCUCCAAGAGCCCACUGUCCACGCCCGUAAAAGCCAUCGGAGACAUUGUCGAGCGACCUAGUGCCGUCUCGUCAGCCGGCCUCAGCACCGAAGCGCGCAAGAUCAUGGCCGAUGCCCGUUUCAAGCGCUCCAACCUCAAGUACCAGUAG